ACUCUCCCCCAGUAAGCAGCUUCACACCGAGAAGAGCUUCACGCGCAGCGACUUCGCAGGCGGAUCAGCGCGAGCUUGACUCUGCGAUUACAAACUGCACCUGCAGCAGAGAUCCAUGCACUGAUAUUGAUUUCUGGAGCUGUUGUUGUUUUUGAGUCUUCGGUUCCGGAAGCGAAAGCCAGCGGAGAGGGGAGGGGGGGAGCAGAAGUUUUUCAGCCGGACUGAGCUCGCGUUGUUGGGAGAGGAAGGGGGGCCGAGGAUCGGCAGGAAUGUCCCAGAAGCAGAGACCCGCUUUCUACCGACAGGAGCUUAACAAAACCAUAUGGGAGGUACCUGAGAGGUACCAGAACCUCGCUCCGGUCGGUUCGGGCGCUUACGGAUCUGUGUGCUCGUCGUAUGACGUAAAGACGGGCCUGAAGGUCGCUGUGAAGAAGCUGUCACGACCUUUCCAGUCCAUCAUCCACGCCAAGCGCACUUACCGAGAACUGCGGCUGCUCAAGCACAUGAAGCACGAGAACGUGAUUGGCCUGUUGGAUGUGUUCACUCCCGCCACCACCCUCGAGGAAUUUACAGACGUGUACUUGGUGACUCACCUAAUGGGUGCCGACCUCAACAACAUCGUCAAAUGCCAGAAGCUAACAGAUGACCACGUCCAGUUCCUCAUCUAUCAGAUUUUGCGUGGACUAAAGUACAUUCAUUCAGCAGACAUCAUCCACAGAGACCUGAAGCCCAGUAACCUGGCUGUAAAUGAAGACUGUGAGCUUAAGAUCCUGGACUUUGGCCUGGCGAGACAUACGGACGACGAGAUGACGGGCUACGUGGCCACGCGAUGGUAUCGUGCGCCUGAGAUCAUGCUCAACUGGAUGCACUACAACAUGACAGUGGACAUCUGGUCUGUGGGCUGCAUCAUGGCUGAGCUUCUCACUGGACGGACUCUGUUUCCUGGCACUGAUCAUAUAAACCAGCUCCAGCAGAUAAUGCGCCUGACUGGAACUCCUCCAGCCUCACUAAUAAGCAGGAUGCCCAGCCACGAGGCCAGAAACUACAUAAAUAGUUUGGCGCACAUGCCAAAGAGGAAUUUCGCAGAUGUAUUCAUUGGUGCCAACCCAUUAGCCGUGGACCUGCUGGAGAAGAUGCUGGUUUUGGACACGGAUACGCGGAUCACGGCCUCAGAGGCACUGGCCCACCCGUACUUCGCGCAGUACCACGACCCGGACGACGAGCCCGAGGCUGAGCCGUACGAUCAGAGCUUCGAGAGCCGAGAGCUGGACAUCGAGGAGUGGAAAAGGCUGACGUAUGAGGAAGUCCUGAGCUUUGAGCCCCCCGUGUUUGAUGGAGAUGAGAUGGAGUCAUGAGUCUGUCCUUACUUACCUCCUGGAGCGACAGAAGCUGCCUCAUAACUAUAUUUCAACAGGAACACACACAAACACACAGCGUGACAUUAAAGGAACAGUCUGACCAAAAACUGUUAAUGCUCAUCAUGAAUGGGAGCUGAGGCCUUGAAUUAGCAUCAUGCAAAUAGGACUGUGCUGAUUGGGGGCCACUGGGUUCCCUUAGUGGUUUAGGGGCAUUAGCAGAGUUUGGUUACAUUGCUCCUUUAAGGUGCCUGUGCCUUCAUUCUGUACUGGAUUCGCUAUUAUCAGAGACUAUUUACAGGUGGAGGAAAACGCAAAAACACGUACACACCCCUCUCCACUAUGGACACUGAGAAUGUAGAGUAUUACUGAGUAAUAUUUUUUUUUCUCUGUUGCUGUUGUUGGUCGUCUCUUUCUAUCCAUUUUCACUUUUUAAAUGUCAUUUUUAAAAUGAUAGUAGAAUUUUCAUGAGAAAGAAUAUUAUUUAAUUUUGAAGGGGAGGGUGUUUGGGGGAAAUAAAAUAGCAAUCAUAUCUGUCUACUACUAUCAAACUUUUUGGCCUGUAGUUUAUUUGCAAAAAGUACGGUCCCUGCUUUGAGCCGCUACAGUAAUAAUGGCCGUGAGGCCUUCUUAAACGCAACCCGUUAGUGUUUUUAGAGCUGUAAAUAAAACAUUACGCUUGUAAAUAAACGAGAUUUUGCAGCAGGAGCAUUAGUUUUAAGGAGCUCCAUCGGCUGAAGGAGAAGGAAUCACGAAUUGAAUCAGACAGUGAAUGUAAAAUAGAUCAUAUGUUAUGCAGGAUGAGUUCAUGCCUGUGUAUCAGCGCUCUCCCUUUAUCUCUUAACCCCAAAGUUUAUCCGGCAUAGGAAUCCCUGCGGAUUCCAGGUGAUUGAUGUUUUUGCUCCUUUCCAGCUCUAGGCACAACCAUUCCAUGUGUUUAGUGCACUUGAUUGAUUGAUUGAUUCAGGCACAUUUUGAGCUGGAUGGGAACAAAAAUGUGGAGCGUCUAGGGUUUUUUGGGAAACACCAUGCAACUGCCAUACGUUUUGUUCUUCCAAAUUGUAGCAAAUAUAUCUUAAGUAGUGCCAGAUAAGCAAAAGAAUGUCUGACUUCCUUCUCAUACACGGCCUGUGGCUUGUUCAUGGGAUUUUGCUAUUUAUAAAUAUGAAAAUUCACCAGAAAUUUGAAACGCGUCAUGUAUUUGUUUCUUGCGCCAUCUUUAGAUGAAAUGUACACCUGAGCGCCUGUCUUAUAUACAUCCUGGCCCUUUGGCCUCUUUUUUUUGUGCUGUAUCUUAUUAUUUAUAGCCUUUUUUUUUCUUUCAAAAUGUUGCAUUUAAACAUAACACUGCUCAGUCAGUCAAAUGGAUGAAUCACACUGUGUCGAGUGUUAAGGGAGUCAUAGCGGAUUGCUCCAGUAUGAUCGUCACUCCAGGUGUCCGGUAACGUUAUAAUCCUCCAUCAGGGUGCCUUUUUCUCACAAACCUGAUGAUUCUCAUUUGCCGGUGUUUUUUUGAACAGGUUUCGAGGUGCUGCUCGAGACCGUGUCAAUCUGAGCCAAAAUCUGAGUGUGAUCCCAUUUUAGCACAGAAGACCAACUCCGAGAAUGUGGGUACAUCCCAAACCCUGUACUACUCCACUAAAUAGGAUAAGACACACGUACCUGCAUACAUGCAAGUGGCAUACUAUUUUGAUAUUCCAGUUAAUGGGGUUUGGGACGCAGACUUUUCUUUCUUUCUUUCUUUCUUUCUUUUUUUUUUUUUUUUUUGAACACAGUAAACCGUGCCAGCAUCUAACUUAUUAUAUUAGUAAUAUUUGUUAAGAUUAUUUUGAGUGUGUUUUCCAUGGUGUAUAUUAUUAAUUACAUUCUGCAAUAUUCUGUUUUGAGCAUGAUUUCGCAAUGCGUGAGGAAAUGUAAGGCUGUUUUUGUAUUUGUAUGUUUACAGUAGUUCAUUAAAAAUCACAGAAAUGGACAGUCAUACAUCAAGUUAUCCAUAAAUGUAGUUGUUUUCAUGUGGUCUGUCUGUAGUACAAAAGGAAAGACACUUGGGUCCUUUUGUACCACUUGGCUAAUUCAUCAGUGCAAGCAGCUCACAACCUGUAAACCACUGGUAGUUACAAUAAAGGCAAUUAUUACUAUUUUUCAA